UUCACGGCUUUGUUAACUGCUCACACGUAGACGUAGUAGAAAGAUCGUAGCGUUCUCUCUCUCUCUCUCUCUCUGUUCUUUCGUCUUCUUGAGGUUGCUUCACGUGACGAAAGUUAAAACCUUUUUGCACAUUACCCGUUUAGUUCCUCCGUCUUCGUUCAUUCCCCCCCACAUCGAUAUCGAUGUCAUCGUAGCCAUGAAACGCUGAAUUUUCCUUAAACCGAGGGAGAUUCGAAACUGAGGAUUACAUCGUGAUCAAGGGGUUUUCUCAGAUUCUGGUAAACGGGGGACAUGUCUGGGUUCGUGGGUGUUGUGGUUUCGGAUCCAUGGUUACAGAGCCAGUUCACACAAGUCGAACUUCGAACUCUCAACUCCAAGUUUGUAUCGUUGAAGAAUUCAAGUGGAAACAUCACCAUAGAAGACCUCCCUCCUCUAUUGUCAAAGUUCAAGGCAAUUAGUUCAACUUUUAAGGAGGAUGAAAUCAGAGAGAUACUUCAAGAAUUGGGUUCUGAUACAAGCACUGAUGUGGAGUUUGAAGAGUUUCUCAAGAUAUAUCUCAACUUACAAGGUAAAGCAGCUGAGAAAUCUGGUGGACACUCAUCCUCCUUUCUCAAAGCUAGCACCACCACACUUCUUCACACUAUAAACCAGUCGGAGAAGGCUUCUUUUGUCCAGCACAUCAACAGAUACCUCGGGGAUGACCCCUUUUUGAAGCACUUCCUUCCUCUUGAUCCUGAUUCUAAUCACUUGUAUGAACUUGUGAAAGAUGGUGUACUUCUUUGUAAGCUCAUAAAUGUAGCAGUUCCAGGGACAAUAGAUGAACGAGCCAUCAACACCAAGAGGGUACUUAAUCCUUGGGAGAGAAAUGAGAAUCACACCCUUUGUCUCAACUCUGCCAAAGCUGUUGGAUGCACUCUUGUUAAUAUUGGCACACAGGACCUGGCUGAAGGACGGCCUCACCUAGUGCUUGGAUUGAUUUCACAACUCAUAAAGAUUCAACUGCUGGCUGAUCUCAACUUAAAGAAGACGCCUCAGCUUGUUGAGUUGCUUGAGGACAGCGAUGAUGUUGAGGAGCUGCUUAGAUUACCCCCUGAGAAAGUCUUGCUGAAAUGGAUGAACUUCCAUCUCAAGAAAGGUGGUUACAAGAAAACCGUCUCAAACUUUUCUUCAGAUUUGAAGGAUGCACAAGCCUAUGCUUACCUGCUCAAUGUUCUCGCACCUGAACACUGUGACCCGGCUACACUAGAUGCAAAGGAUCCUCUUGAAAGGGCUGAACUAGUUCUCUGUCAUGCAGAGAGAAUGGGCUGCAAACGAUACUUGACUGCUGAAGAGAUUGUUGAAGGAUCUCCAACUUUGAAUCUCGCUUUUGUGGCACAAAUAUUCCAUGAAAGGAAUGGUCUAAGUACGGAUGGUAAGUAUUCGUUUGCGGAGAUGAUGACAGAAGACGUACAGACUUGUAGAGAUGAACGAUGCUACCGGCUAUGGAUCAACAGCCUGGGGAUUGACAGUUAUGUCAACAAUGUGUUUGAAGAUGUUAGAGAUGGAUGGAUACUUCUGGAAGUUCUAGACAAGGUCUCUCCUGGAUCAGUCAACUGGAAACAUGCUUCCAAACCGCCUAUUAAGAUGCCAUUUAGAAAAGUAGAGAACUGCAAUCAAGUCGUGAGGAUUGGGAAAGAGCUGAACUUCUCGCUCGUUAAUGUAGCUGGAAACGACAUAGUCCAAGGGAAUAAGAAGCUCAUUCUUGGUCUCUUAUGGCAGUUGAUGAGGUUCCAUAUGCUCCAACUUCUCAAGAGUCUGAGGUCGAGGACACGAGGUAAAGAUAUGACUGAUGCAGAUAUCCUCAGCUGGGCUAACCGGAAGGUAAGAACCAUGGGGAGAAAAUCUCAGAUCGAGAGCUUCAAGGACAAGAGUCUAUCGAACGGGCUAUUCUUCCUAGACCUUCUAUGGGCGGUUGAGCCAAGAGUUGUUAACUGGAAUCUUGUCACCAAGGGUGAAACAGAUGAAGAGAAGAGGUUGAAUGCUACGUACAUAGUCAGCGUUGCAAGAAAGCUUGGAUGUUCUGUUUUCUUGUUGCCUGAAGAUAUCGUGGAGGUGAAUCAUAAGAUGAUCCUGAUAUUAACGGCGAGUAUAAUGUACUGGAGUCUUCAGAAACGCUCAGCGGAGAGUUUGGAUUCGUCGUCGAGUCAGAGCACAACCACGACGUGCACCACCACAAGCACAGACGCGUCUCCUGCUCCGUCUGUCACGGGAGAGGACGAAGUUUCCUCAUUGAGCGGCGAAGUCUCGAGCUUGGCUGUUGAUGACAGCGAGGCUGAUGCGGUUUCAGACAUCACCACUGUCUCAGAGGAGACACCCAACGAAUAGAUAGAGAGACUGUCAAAGAGAGACAACUAUACUCUUGGCGAGAGCAAAGUAGCUUUGUUAUAAUACUUACCUACUCUUGAGAGAUCUGUAUGUGUUUUGUAUACGUGUUGUUUGCCUUUACAAAUAAAUGAGAAACGAGAUGUCUAGGUUCCAUGCUACUAGACAUGUCUAAAGAAAAUAAAAUGCUGGACUUAAGGGUUUGCAUGUACCUUGUGUAACAAACCAUCGAGACGAUUACUUGAUUCGUGCCAUUGGGGAGCUCUAGCCUCUAGCCACUGAUUAGGGUAAUGAAAGCAAGUUUCUGACCACUGUGGUUAAGUGUGUUUGUAUAAAAAUACAUCAUUUAUUUAUGGUAACUACAUGGUUAACUUUUCA